GAAGGCGGCCGGCGGCGUCCGGAAUCGGUGGAGUGGGAGACGCUGACGAAGAGGAAUUUCUCAUCUCAGAUCCGAGCCAACCCUCAUCUCCUCCUCGUGAUCACAGUCCCAUGGUCUGGGGAAUCACGAUCCUUGAUGAAAGAAGUAGCACUCUUGGUUGCUGGCAAAGGAGAUAAACUAGGAUAUCUAAAGCUAAUGGUUGUUUAUAGAAAUUCUGACAAAUUUCUAGCAGAUGCUCUUGGUGCUUCUGAAGGAAUAACGUUAUUUUACUAUCAUCAUUCCACACCGUACAAAUAUCAGGGUCGACUUCGUGCACAGAAUAUAUUGUCUUCAGUUUAUCAUUUCAUGUUACUUCAGACCGAGGAGGUCCCCUUGAAGCCCAUCCACACUCAACAGGACCUUGAAACCUUUUCCCAGUCAACAGAUAAAGCUGUAUUUCUUCUUGACUUCUGUGGAUGGUCAGCCAAAUUGUUACACAGAAGAGACCAUGGAGAUACUCAGGCUACUCAAGCUGAGCAGAAGAACUCAGGGACUGUUGAAAUAUUGGAGCAAGAUUUCUCUGCAGAAGCAGGUGGGGAAAUGUCGUUUGAGAAGAUGACUAAUCAGAAGAUGGAGGGUUUGGAAAGUGAAUCACUAACUUAUCGUGUCAAAAGUGGGCCAGCUGAUUCUUCCUUGCUGGGAAGAUGGACAAAUAAAACUGAUUCACAAGGAACUACAUAUGGAGGCGAUGAUACAGACAUGCCAUGUACAGAAGAAAACUUCCAUAAGUUUAAUUCUUUUUUUUGGGACUUCAUGAAGAUUUCUAGAGAUUAUUUCCUGCCUCCUGAAAGACAUAGGUUUGGUUUGAUAUCAGAAAAAUCUCUGCUGCCUUUCUUGGAUAUUGGCAAUCCUGAUACAUGGCUAGUUGUCGUUAAGUUCUCUGGAUGCUCAAAUUGUUCAAUGAUACUUCAUGAAGGCGAUGAUCUUAGAAACAUAUUGCAAAUGCACCAUGCCCUUGUUAAAGAGCUAGAUGCUGAUGGAAGCCUAGAGUCUGUAUUUCCAGCAAAACGUCCUUCUGUUAUUCUCUUCAUUGAUAGAUCAUCUGGCUCUUCAAAGCUUAGAGGAGAGAGCAAUUCAGCUCUGCAAAUUCUUAGGAAGUUUGUAAAGGACAACCAUUUAUUCGGACAGAUUGUUUGGGGACAAGAUACCAGUUCUUCUGAGAGUGCAGGACAAGUUUUUCCCAACACUUGGAGCCAGAUUAUCACUGGUCACUCAUUUCAGCAUAGCAUUAAAGAUUCUGUGACUCCUAAGCUGGUAAAGUUCCAGGAUAAUAUGGCCAUUAUGAUUACAAACGAAGGGAAAAGUGUUGCCCUGGAUGCAACUGCUGAUCCUCAUGGCAAUGCUCUGUAUAAUAUUUUGGCUAAUUUGCUUGACCAGAAGAAACUUGACAUGGGCACAAAAGAAACAAAAAUUAGUCUCCUGGCAAAGGAAGUAGGGUUCCAGCUUUUGUCUGAUGAUUUUGGAGUUCAAUUAGCAGAGUCAUCACCGUCACAGAUAGUCAAUGAAGACCCCCAAUUGAGCUAUGUUGAUGAUAAUUCUCUUCCAAGUUUGGAGGAUCAAACCUCUACACUACCUCAGAAAUUUAAAGAAGAUUGUGUGUCGAGCAAUAAAGUUUUAUUAGAGUCUGAUAGUAUAGCCUCAGACAAUGAUAAGAAGCAAUCUGAACAUCCAAAUACCGGAAUUUGUCUUCCCCAGAACCAGGAAAGUAGCAUUAAAGAAUUUACUACAAUAUUAGCUAAAGAGUUGGAAGCUGACAUUUGUACUUCUAGGGGUACACAAGAUAAUAAGGAUGAUAAGGGUUGUAAAAGAGUUGUUUUGCAAUCACAUACAUGUCCUGCUAAAGAUUUGGAAAAGGAAUCACCUAGUUUAGAGAAACUCUUUGAGGAAAAGAACAUCGAUCGGGUUGAUUUGACAGAUAUUACUUCUGGAAAGUAUUUGGUGGGGAAUAAUGCAGUUGAAGCUAUAAAAUCCACAAGAGAAGGAUUAGGGGAUUGGCAUGUUGAGCAACUACCUUUUAAGGAUUCGUUUUUCUUUUCUGAUGGUGGGUAUCAGUUGUUGAGAUCCUUGACAGGAGGGGAAAAGAUUCCUUCUUUGGUAAUAGUAGAUCCAGUUUCACAACAGCACUAUGUCUAUUCUGAGGAUAUGGGUAUCAGCUAUUCUUCUGUAGUCAGUUUCAUAAAAGAAUUCUUGAAUGGAAACCUCACCCCAUAUCAACGCAUAUCAUCUCCUUUUACAAGUUCAAGGGAGUCUCUGCGGCCACCAUUUGUGAAUCAGGACUUCCAUGAGGUUGAUUCUGUUCCACGAGUGACCGUCAAUACCUUCUGUGAACUGAUAGUUGGUUAUAAACCUUGCAAAAUGGGAAGUGAGUCAAUUAAGCUAUCAUUGUCUCAAAUUGAAAAUUUUGGACAUGUCUGGAAGACAGAUGUUUUAGUGCUGUUCUGCACUUCAUAUUGUGGAUACUGCCAGAGGAUGGAACUUGUCGUGCGUGAAGUGUAUCGAGCCUUUAAAAACUUUACAGCUAUGUUGAAGAGGGAAUCCAAAACCUUUGGUUCACAUCACAGUCAAGAUAAGGACGAGGAUACUUUGACAAAUGGACUACCAUCUAUAUUUUUGAUGGAUUGCACAAUGAAUGACUGUGGUACCUACCUAACACCAAUCAGCAAGAAAGAACAAUAUCCUGAAGCUUGUUAUUUUCCUGCUGGAGAAAAGACUGCUAUUACCUAUAAGGGAGAUAUGUCAGUAGUUAGUAUCAUUGAGUUUCUGGUAUCUCAUGGAAGGAAUUCUCACCACCUAAGCAGACAUAAAGGGUUUCUGUGGAUGCAUACACAGAGUGGAACAAAGAAUUCUGCCACAUUUUAUGACGAAUCUUCUCCAGCUUAUGAGGGAGCAACUUUUGCUAGAAAAAAGUACAAUUCAAUUCCUCUCAACACAGCAGAAAAAGAAGACGAACAUGAUCUGCUCCAUGUUGAAUCACAUAGGUCGAACAAUUUGCACAAUGGAGGUCGCCAUGUAGUUGCAGGGUCUGUUCUUGUUGCUACUGACAUUCUUCUCAAUGCAGCUCCAUUUGACAAUUCCACUAUUCUUAUUGUGAUGGCAGACACAGCUCAGGGCUUCCAAGGAGUGAUCACAAACAAGCGAAUAGAGUGGGAUGUUUUUAAGGAACUUGACCAACAACUUGAGCCUCUAAAGAUGGCUCCUCUUUUCUAUGGUGGGCCAGUCAGGACUCAUGGUCUUCCUCUUGUUAGCUUAGCCCAAAAGCCUGUGGAGGGUUAUGUAAAAAUUACUUCUGAUAUUUACUUCGGUAAUCCAUUGGCCACAAGGUUAGCUAUUGAAGGGAUCCAAUCAGGAGAACAAUCUGCCAGUGAUUUUUGGUUUUUCUUAGGCUAUUCGAGUUGGCGAUGGAAUCAACUUUUUGAUGAGUUAGCGACAGGAGCAUGGUAUUUGAAUGAGAUGGAAAUUGGAAAUAUAGACUGGCCAGAUGGGUGAAGGUGCACUUGUCUGUGUUGUAACGUGUGUUGUAGAAACCUAUGGAGGUACUCUUCUGAAUAUUUUUCACAGAUUAUAAAAUACUGUUAAGAAGAUUGGUGAUCCAGCGAAAAGGGAGUUAAGCAGACUGGCACGUAGAGGUGGAGCUUCCCUGUUGCAUUUGCCUCUUUAUGGUCAUCUCCCUCUUAAGUUUUGAUUAUAAAAAACAGCUAGUCCUUUAAAAAAAUUCCAUCAGAUUUUAGCCUACAACAUGUUUCUAUAGAAGAUUUUGUGCUCACCACCAGUAAAUUUGUGUCAUUGAUAUCCAUAACUUCUACAUUGUAAUCAACCUUUGUGCCCUUGAUUUAGCACAGAGUCGCAAACAUAUCCUUGUCUAUCUUUAGUAAAUUUUAUAUGAAUUUAUACAGUGAAUUAGUAUGUA